GCGGCGGCGGCCGCAGGAGGAGGAGGAGCGGGAGCGAGAGCCAGGAGGAGGAGCAGCAGCGGCGGGGGCUCCCCCUGCAGCCCGGCCGGGCACUCCGUCCCUGUUCCCGGCCGUCAUCUUUGUGCUGCCUGAGAGCAUGCUUCAGCCCCAGCUCUGGGGAGAGGAGAAACCAGCGCUCCCCUCAUGAGUGUGCCGUGCACGCUGAAGAUCCCACCAUGCAGCUGAAUGAAACAUCUCUGGACACCGUGCCACCGUGCAAAGGCCCUUUUUACUUCCUUACCCUGGACUUUACUAGCAGUAUUCUGGCUGCAAUGUAAUUUUUUACUGGUGCUUGUCAGUUCUGAUGACUGCUGAAAUACAAGUUGGUAAACAAACCUUCCAAAAUACUCCAACCCAAAUGUUCCAAACCUGGAUAUUUUUAUAGAGGUCCUAUAAAAGAUACAAACCUUUUAAAAAAAGACCAGAGAGAUUUCAAAAAUCUCUUUCUCAGUUACUAAUGACAGUUAUAGAUAAAAGUUACAAAAACUUAAGAGUUAUUCAAUUUCCAAGGCAGAUACUAUGAGAGGACAAAGUUCCAUUAGUCUUUCAUAAUUUCCUGCUCAAAGCAGUUCUUUGAGCAACAGGCAGGUGAAGGCCAACCACUUAGGAACACAUCUGGAGAUCUUACUUCUGUACAGAUUUUCUGGUGUUUAAAAGGGUUACAUUACGGCUGUUUUCUAUGUGGAUCUUCUGACAUUCCUCUUUUCCUGAAAACUCUAGAAAUGCCUCAUUAUUUAGUUGACUGGAUUUUGCUGGAAGCAUUUGCAUGCCCAUUGAAAGCACAUAUGUGUAUCUUCCUUUUUGCCAGCUCCAUAGCAACUCCAUUUUCAUUGGCUUGCAAAUGCCUGCUUCCUGUAGGAGCACAAGCAGAAGUGGUGCAGAUUUCAUGUAAGGAGUAAAGCUCUCUAAGUGAGCACAGUCUAUCACUGGAGGAGGUUGCCCAGAGAGGCUGCCAAAGCAGAGUGCCCUGGCUGCAGUUAAUGGUUGAGCCUGCUUAUAGGAAGCUGGACCGGAUGUCCUCUCAACGUUCCUUCCAAGGGGAAUGAGAAUGGUUCUAAGAAGUAAAAUGAGUAGGAACUUGGCAUUUUGUGAUGACUUCUCAUUUUGAAGAGGUGUAGUGUUAGUGUUUUUCCCUUCUUUUUGUAAUGCAGAGAAAUGAUAGUAGAAGGUAGUUACUCUGAAAACUGGUGUCUGUGUCUACCAAAUACUGUGCAGACUGUUACUUUUUCUUUUAGGCUAGACUUAAAAUACUGCAAUAGUGCUGGAAGGGGGAAGAGUUGCAUUUGUGAUCUUUGAAAAGUCAAAUGUAGUUAUUUGGGUGUUACAAUCUAUGGUAACAAAUGCAGAAAUGAAACAAACCCAUAGUGUUGAAUAAAGCUACACUGUGUAUCAUUAUGGAGAUGUUAUCUAAAAAAGCAACAAAUAGGAAUAGCUUGAUGGCUAAAAGGCCUGAGCAAGAGUUGGAUAGAGCAGGAGUUGGAUAGCCUUUGAACAGAAUUUGAGACAUCAGCUGCUACAAUUAUUCCUUUAUUUUGCUAAAAACUUGCCUUGGUUCUGUUUAAGAAGUGACAGUAGUCUGAAAACUCAGUGGAUUAUCAGGUUUUUUGGAAACAAUUAAAAGCUGUGAAGAAUAAAUUUUUGUCUUUUAGACAGGCAGUGCAGUGAAAUGAUAAAGACUCUUAGUAACCCUCGUUCAGUUUAACUGUAGUCCUUUUGUGUUGAAUUUGCUGAUUAAGAAUGGAAUGUGGACCAACAAAUUCAUGGAACCAAAGUGCAAACUAAAGCCUGAGGAAUGUCCAAAACAUAAGAAAAAAAAUUGUUAGUAUGAAAAUGUGGAUAAUAAACUGCAUAGUAAUAAAGGAAUUAAACUGACGACUUGAGGGAAUAAGCUUAGAAGGUUGAUCUUCUGUGUCCUUUAUGGUGGGGCAGUGCUGAUCUAAUGGAUAGAGAGGCUCCAAGAGGACGGUAGAUUUAGGUUGAAUAUUAGGAAGAAAUUCCUAACUGUGAGCAUGGUGAGGCACUGGCAGAAGUUUUCCAGAGCAGCUGUGGAUGCCCCAUCCCUGGAAAUGUUCUAGGCCAGGUUGGAUGGGACUUUGAGCAGCUUUGUCUAGGGGAAGGUGUCCCUGCCCAUGGGAGUGGGUCUGGAGCUAGAUGAUCUUUAGGAUCCGUUCCAACCCAUGCCAUUCUGUGAUUCUGGUGUAAGAUCCUUACUUCCAAGAAUGUUGUUCAAGUACCUACUGAAUAACAUUGCACAUGGUGGCCUUUGGAUUGAAGACCAGCUGUUUGAAAACGGGUACAUAAUUUAUAUUCAAGUUUUUUCUGUUAUGGUGGAGGUUUUGGUGUAUUUUUCUUUCUCAUGGAUUAAUAAUUUAAAGCUAACUAAUAAUUUUAUUUCAUUUUCUUCUGCAUUAAUAAUUUCAGAAUGAUUGCUGGUUAAGAACUCUUGAGGUACGUGGAUGUUGUGUACUACACCCCUAUUGACUGUUUCUUAUUUGUGAGCUAGACAUGCCUCAACAAAUGCCUGCAUCACCUUCUUCAGUAGCAUCAGUGUAUGAGUUGGAAGACUGAGAUGGGGAAACUGUUUCCACUGGAGCCCGAUGUAUUGAACCACAUUUCCUCUGGCUGAUCAGCCCUGGGCAGGGUGGUGUCCAGUAGCUCUGUUGUUAUCCCCACUGGAUUGUGGGCUGUCAUAGAGGGACUGGUUUUCAAGCUUUAACUAGGGACUGCAAAUUCCUGGGGACUUCACUUUAAAAAGAGUAUUUUAUGUCAAAUUUUUGCUCAUUGCGUUUUGAGAGAAUGCCUGACCAGUUACUCUGAUUUAUUCCUUUCUCUAUAGGUUCCUGUGAUACAGCUACCCCAAUGGUAUCAGCAUGUCUUCUGGACUUGGUGAUAAAAAACAUUAGAAAACAAGACUAGCAUCUGUCAAAUGGGGUUCCCUCUCCAUUUCUCUCUACACACCUUUCCUUUCAGGGGAGAAGAAGCGAAGAAUAGAAAAGUGCAAAAUGUUUCAACUUCCUGUUCAAAACCUUGAUAAUGUAAGGAAGGCUCGAAAAAAGGUGAAGGACAUUCUUGUGGAUCUUGGGCUUGACAGCUGCAGGGAAUUGUUGAAGAAUCUUAAAAGUUUUGAUGCAGGUGAAAACUACUUUUGUAACACUUCAUGGAGUGAUGUCUCUCCUUGGGAACCUGUGGGCAAAAGGAAGAGAUACAGAACAAAGCCGUACUGCUGUGGCUUAUGCAAGUUCUCAUCCAAAUUGCUUACUUCUUUCAAGAAUCACUUGCAUCGUUACCAUGAGGAUGAAAUGGACCAAGAGAUGGUGGUUUCUUGCCCAAAAUGUGCAUUUUCUUCUCGGCCCAGAGUAGUGGGAGAACACUACUGGAUGUUUCAUUCGUUUAAUAAACGAAUACAGAACUAUACAGUCAGCAUUUUGGAUGGCAUGAAACAGUUUAGGAGUGACAUCAUAAACUUCACGUGUCUAAAAUGUCAAUUCACAGACACCUUGUAUUACAAUAUGAAGAAACAUGUGCUGAUGAACCAUUUUGAAAACCUACUAAGUGCAUAUUUUGGCGAGAAAUGUGAUGAAAGUACACCGAAUUCAGUUGAGUUCUACUGUAAAAAAUGCAAUGCUCCUGCGAACAGCCCAGAUUCUUUAAUGUACCAUGUCUUGACAGCUGGAACACACAGAGACCUGGAGAACAAACUUCGAUCUCUGAUUUCGGAACACAUUAGGAAACCUGGACUUGUGAAACAAAUGCAUAUUGCUCCAAAGCCUGUCCCAGGUGUAGCAGCAGCUGCCCCAUCUGCAGGGCCUCUUGUUGUCCCAGCAGGUUCUGUGACAGCACCAGCGUGCAUCCAGGUUGCGUUUCCACAGAAUAAUCAAAACCAGAGCAUGGUGCACACACAAGCAGUUCAGAACACAGUUGGACCAGUGACUGUCCCAAGUGCCUCUGGCAUCCUCCCAAAUACUGCCUGUGCUCCUGCUGCUCCAUCCUCACAGGUCGCUCUUGUGCCCAGCAAUCCUCCCGUGGCUCAGAACAACCUGGGUAUUCAGCCAUCACCUUCGCAGGCUGUCCUUGUUUCUCAUGGGCUCCGUCUUAAUCAUUCUGUUGGGAACAUAAAUAGAGCUGUGGCCCCUGCGGUUCUUCCUCUUAAUCAGCCCGUCAGGCCUGGGCUCUUUACUGUUAAUCAAACAAUUGGGACUGUAAACAGUCUGGUUCCCGCUGGAACGCUCCCUGCUACUCAACCUGUCGGCCCUGUGAAUCAACCAGUUGCACCAGGAGUCCUCCCUGUGAAUCAGCCAGUUGCUCCAGGAGUUCUGUCUGUUACCCAGUCACUUGGGAACAUGAACAGACCCGUGGAUCCCAGGGUCCUUCCUGUGACGCAGACAGUUGGGUCGGGUCUUCUUCAGCUUAACCAGCCUCUUGCCCCUGGGGUGGUUCCUGUCAGACAGCCUGUUGGACCUGGGUUCCUUCAGCUUAAUCAACCUGUCGCGCCAGCGCUUAUCCCAGUAAAUCAGCCUGUUCAGCCUCCAGUUUCUCAAAGCACGGCUUUUUUGACUGCGGGCUCUAUUUUGAGGCAGUUGAUCCCCACUGGCAAGCAGGUUAAUGGGAUACCUACUUUCACGCUGGCCCCCGUCUCUGUUACUUUGCCUGUACCUCCUGGUGGUGGAGUAGCGACCGUGACACCUCCGCAGGUGCCUAUCCAGCUCGUGCAGACGGGGUCAGUGGCUCAGCUGUCCCAGUCGCCAGCCAAUGCUCCCUCUCCUCCUGUGGUUCUGACCUCUGACAAUGUAUCCUUGCAGGCCUCCCCGCCUGCUCCUGAAACAAGCCAGGCUGUCAGACAGGCCAAACAGUGGAAGACCUGCCCUGUUUGCAAUGAGCUUUUCCCCUCAAAUGUCUACGAGGUGCACAUGGAGGUGGCCCACAAACCACUUGAAGUAAAAGUGGAAGCCCCAGAACCUCACAAACUUGCAGCUUGUGCAUCAUUUCUGAGGAUGACAGAAAAGGCGAUCCGGUGUUACGCUUGUAAGUGUUUUCUCUGUGAGGAGGAGCUCAUGAAGCAUAUCUUCAUGCAUGGCUUAUCCUGCUUGUUUUGCACAGGUACUUUCUAUGACUUAAAAAGCCUCGUGGAGCACAACAAAACUGCACACAAUGGGAGAAAGGAGUUGCAUGCGAGUUACAGCAACAGAGGAAUUCAGCUAGGUAACGAUGCUCAGGGUGGCCUUGUGUUCCCACACUUUGAUUUCAACACAGUGCUACCAGAUGAAGACAUGGGUGAAAGAGAAGUACAUUUGGCAGUGCUUGUUGGAAUAUAUUCAACAGUUCUUGUCCCUGUUUACAUCAAAGUGAAACCUCAGACAGCACAAGUGAACAGGAGAUGCACCAGAAAAAUGUUCACCUGUCCCUUUUGCUUAGGUACGUUUGCUGGUAGAGAAACCUAUGAAAAGCAUUUGAAAGAGAGGCAUCAUAUAAUGCCGACUGUGCAUACGAUUUUAAAGUCUCCUGCUUUCAAGUGCAUCCACUGUUGUGGUGUGUACACUGGAAAUAUGACUCUGACAGCUAUUGCUGUACAUUUGCUCCGUUGUAGAAGUGCUCCCAAAGACAGCAACUCGAGCCUGAAGAUGCAGCUUGAGCGUACUGAGAGGAAAGAGCUGCUGUUUGUGAAUGGUGAGAAGCAUCUUUCUGUGGUACUGAAAAGAAAGCAGUCAGAUUCCUGCUUUGUUGCAGAAGACCAAAGGAAUAAGGAACAGCAGCCUCUGAGCUUAAGUACUGGCAUAGCUCUGUCUGCAGAGAAUGAAGUAAAUUCGGGGGUAGUGCCUUUUAAACGACAAAAGAUUAGGACUGAGUUGAGAAAACUUCCUUCUAGUGAGGAUCUCCGCUUUCUAGCAGUAGAUCCCAAUCAGUAUGAUCACAAUUCAUAUGAGGCACAGAAACAGUUUUUGUCAGACUACUUUCACAAGAGGCCAUAUCCUUCUAAAAAAGAGGUGGAAUUACUUUCCUUGCUGCUAUACGCGUGGAAAAUUGAUGUUGCAUCAUUCUUUGGAAAAAUGAGAAAUACAUGCUUAAAGGCAAUAAAACAUCACAAACCAUCUGUGCUGCUGGGUUUCAGUAUGUCUGAACUGAAAAACAUGAAGCACAGUUUGAAUUUAAAAGAUGGACCAUUGGAUAUGUAACCCAGCUUUUUAUAAUAGCUAAAAGCAAUCCAUAAUUGCAUACUUAUAAUUUAGCAGUUUAUUAUAUUGUUUGUUUUAACUUGCAGACUGGCCUGUUGAAGGGUGCAGUAAUACAAAAAGUAUCGUUCACUUGUGACUGUUAUUGUGAAAGGCACACGUAGUUGUGUAUUUUAAAAGCUAAAACCUUCAGACUUAAACAUCUGGAAUUUGUUUUAGCUUUUUCCCUUUCCUGGGGGUAGUGUUGUGGGGAUUUUUUUUCGUUGUUGGUUUUUUUUUUUUUUCUUGUUUGGUUUUGGGUUUUUUUUUUUUGUUGUUUUUUGUUUCUUUUUUGUUUUGGUUUGGUUUUUGUUCUGUUUCUUUGUUUUGUAGGGUUUUUUUGGGGGGAGUUUGGUUUUUUUUUGUUCCGCUUCCGUUUCUUUUUCUUCCCCUUCAGGCUCCUAUUACAUUUUUUUAUACUGUCAUGUAAAAACCCUCGUCCUUGUUAAAACCAAAUUUUAUUUUAUUUUAUUUUUAUGCAGUGUCGUCUUUUCUAAGUAAUGAAAUGUGUAAUGUGGGUUAAAAUAACAAGGUAAACUAUGUGAAAAAGAUUAAUUUGAUUAUUCGUAUUUUUAAGUCCUGAUAUUUUUAACCUGUUUCUGGUUUAUCUACUGAAGCAGUGAUUGCAGCCAUUACAUCCAUUGCCCUUUCAAAUUCCCAGCGUGCUGGUAGGUGUGAAAUACAUGGCAUUGUGAUUUUUUUCCUCGGUCACAAUACCUUUGCCAGUUAAAUCUGGUGAUCUGUGGUUCCUGCUGAGUAUUAACAUAAGGGGCUUUUGGGUGCCCAUUGGAGUGUUACAGUGAACUGAGUUGAAAUGAUUGUGUUAUCUGUUAAAUAGAUCUUGCUAACCAGAGGUGUUUAUCCUUUUCAUUUGGUGUUGAAGCCUGGUUGUUUACCUGUUGUUCAAAGCAGCAUUUAUUUUAUUUUCUUUUUCAAAAAACAGAGCUGCUUUGGAGAGUGUCAAAUUACUUUGAUACACAGACUAUAUGGCCUCUGUGCAUGUCACUUAAGUGUAGAAGCCCUAUCCAAAUAUCACCCAAAUAUGGUGAAAAAUCUGACUUUUUAAACUGCUGUUUUAUGCAGUAGUAACUGAGCAGAGCCUACUCCCCUGCAAAUUAGAUCCCUGACUUGAAGUCCCUUGGGUCAGAAAUGGUACAAACUGAAGCUGGAUGAAUUGGUAGCAUCAAGACUUUAAAUUCUUGAGUACUCGAGCCCAUGAUAUUCGUGUAGUAACUGGUUGUUGUUGGCCUGUAGAGAGCAUCACAGCAGUAUAAACCCAAAGAGACUUACCUUCAGUAUGGACUGACAUCUCUGUUGCAGAUUACAGAAGAGCUGUUGGGAAGGUUCACUUGAGUUGAAGCACAAACUGGUGGCCACAUCGAGGCCUUGAGUGCUGUCCUUUCUGGUUAUGCUUGUUUUCAUCUGGCUUGUCUAAGAGCGCCUCCAGUACCAACAGCCAGUUUCAUAAUAAAUAACCUGUAAGACGCAUUGGUUUUAUUUCCUCCUCUUCACCCCCCUCUCCCCACCCUCCUUUCUCAGAAGAAAAAAACAAAGUUCACUUGUGCCAGUGUUAGAAGGAAAGGGUGAUAUGCCCAAGCUGAUUUCUAUUUUUAAGGUAGUCAGUAGACUUUUUCCCUGUGCUGUAGGAACUUGUUAAAGCAGAUGCAAAAUGUAUUAUCGCUGUCUCUGAAAGGGCAUGACACGUUUAGCAGAAUUUCGUGACUUCCUGCCUGAGGCUUUAUAAGCUGUUUGGAGUUCUAUUUUGGAUAAAAUCAUAAUAUUUUCAUAUUUAUUGCAUCAAAGAGUUUUAAUGUGUAUGUAACACAGUUACUGCUAUUUGGAAAAACCUAGUGAUUUAAUAGCAGUGUUAAACAAAAAUAAAUAAUAUUUAUAGGAUCAGUUGCACGCCACCCCAAAAAAUGAUUAAGAAACUGUGUUCUUAUAGCCUCAUACUAGCUCAUUAAAAAUUAAAAAAUAAAAUAUACUUGGCCAUAGCACACAGUUCGUGAAACCUGUUCAGAGGGCUGUGAGUGAGGAAGAGGAAUGCUGUCUGGAAGUCCUGAAAUGUAGACACUUACUCUCGCUCCUACAGUCUCUGCCCUGUGAGCCCUGUCAUCUUUAUGGUGGUUCUGCUGGUUCUGGUGAGACUCCGGGAUGGGAAUUUGGCAGUGUGCAUCUGGGGAAGGCUUGCCAUGAAUGGGGAAAGAUUGUAGAGAGAGCAGCGUGGCUGUGGGGAGCUGGGAAGUCAUUUCAUGGUUCAUCCAUGCUUGGGGCAAAAGGGACCAAUCCAGUCUUACCAGUUUUCCUACAUAGUGUCCAGUGUUGAUAUUAAACGGUUUAUUUAUUGGAUUUUGGUUUCACUGUUUCAAAUAAACCAUAUUUUUAACUU